CGCCAACUGUGUCUGUGUGUUUUCUGCUUUUGCGAUUUUCUUUCUCCCAUUCUUCAUCACUUUUGGAGCUUCGAGCCGACCAAUCCGUGUUUUUAUUUUCACUAGUUAUAGAACGCACCGCAUCAAAUCUAGCAACCUCUACAGCUUCAAAAAUGCAAUCUGUGCAGUUCUACUUCUAGCUUUUUAUUCUCCGGAAUUAACACCAUGACACCUGAGUGGGUAGUUGAAGUGAACUGCAUCAAUUGGGGCUUUGUGUGUGUGCAGUAUUAUUACCUUUUCUGCGAUUGAUGCUUUAAAUAGGGACCAUGUGGAUUUUGGAAUCUCUUAUCUGUUUUUAGAGUCGGUGAAAAUCAAACACUCGCACCGGGAGUAAAGGGUUUUUAGAUUAUUCUCUGUAACUUUCUUUUUUAACAAUUUUAUUUAAUUUACUCAAUUAUUUUGCUCCAAUUAGCACAUUCUGCUUCCAAAGGAUGUGGAAUAUUGGAAUAAUUGAUUGGGAAUGUAUAGACAGAAAAGUUUAAGUUGUUAGUUACGUUGUGCAGUUCUGAUUAAUGCCUAAAGGGGAUUCUUUAUUUUCUGCAACUGUCGCCAUUUCAACUAAUUCUUUUACUGUAAAGAGGGAGAAAAGAAAGCAAUGAUGAUGACGAUGAUGAUGGGAAGGCUUUUGAAUUAUUUAUUGUUGUGCUCUCAGGUUACGACUACGAUAUUAAUGAUCUUCAUCAAGAAGCUCAAGCCAGAUGGCUGAAGCCUGCAGAAGUGAUGUACAUUUUACAGAAUCAUGAAAAGUUCCAGUUCACCCAAGAGCCCCCACAACAGCCCACAAAUGGAUCCCUGUUUCUGUUUAACAAAAGAGUCCUGCGUUUUUUCCGUAAAGAUGGUCAUAACUGGCGCAAGAAAAGAGACGGAAGAACUGUGGGAGAAGCACAUGAACGGUUGAAGGUUGGAAAUGUUGAAGCCCUAAAUUGUUACUAUGCACAUGGAGAGCAGAACCCUAAUUUCCAGAGGCGGAGUUAUUGGAUGUUGGAUCCGGCAUAUGAGCAUAUUGUUCUUGUGCAUUAUAGAGACACAAGCGAGGGAAGGAACAGUUCUGGAGCUGGCGCACAAUUGUCGCCAGGUUCCUCCUCUGUGUUUAGUCAGAGUCCUAGCCCAUAUUCUACUCAGAAUCCAGGGUCAAUGUCCAUGCUUGGUGAUUCAUAUGAACCUUAUCAGAGUUUCUCCAGUCCUGGAUCAGCAGAAGUUACCUCUGAUGCGUUCAUUCUAAACAAUGGAAUGGGUCACUUGGAUGGAACAGAUGCAGAAUCAGGAACCUCAACUGAACUGGAGGUUACUCAAGCUUUGCGCCGAUUGGAGGAGCAGUUAAGUUUGAACAAGGACAAGUUUGAAGAUAUUGCUGCCUUCAGCAAUAAGCAUGAAACUGCUCAUGAUUCAGACCCUCAGCAAAAUCCAGGAGUGAUCAGCAAGCAAGAGCAAUCUGCAUCUUUCUCCAGACCAGAUGAUCAGGGGAUGUUUUAUAAUGGAAGGCAAGGUGAUGGUGGUGAAUGUUAUCAUGAAUUAAUAGACCAUGGUUGCCCUGGUCGAAAUGAAAAGGCUGUAUGGACAGAGGUGCUGGAAUCAUGUAAGUCCUCAUCCACAAACAAGUUACCACGGAAAAAUCUAUACAUGCUAGAUGGAAAUGAAAAUUCACCAUCUCCUUUGAGAAGGGAAGAAGUUGCCAAUCAGGAAAACAGUAACUGGCUAAACUUCAACAGCAAUAAUGCUGAAAACUCCAUUUUCUCACUACCUCAAGGCAUUGGUGGAGUCAAGUUUCCUCAAUAUUCUUCUAUGGUAGAAACACAAGAAAUUAAUUCUGACUACUAUGCAACAUUGUUUGACCAAAGCCAAAUUGGAGCACCUCUGGAUUCAGAUUCAAGCUUGACUGUUGCACAAAAACAGAAAUUUACUAUUAAAGCGGUCUCCCCAGAAUGGGGUUAUGCCACUGAAACUACCAAGGUCAUCAUUGUUGGAUCUUUUCUCUGUCAUCCCUCAGAUUCUGCCUGGGCCUGCAUGUUUGGUGAUGUUGAAGUUCCUGUUGAGAUAAUUCAGGAUGGUGUAAUUUGUUGUGAAGCUCCAUCUCACCUUAUUGGAAAGGUUACUCUGUGCAUUACCUCUGGAAACCGGCAGUCCUGCAGUGAAGUCAGAGAGUUUGAAUAUCGCAAUAAGACCAAUAGUUGCACCCACUGUACUCAAUUGGAAACAGAACCCACUAGAAGUCCAGAAGAGCUGUUAUUACUUGUUCGGUUAGGACAGAUGCUUCUUUCUGCAUCAACUGAAAAGGAUGACAGCAUAGAUUCUAGAAUUCCUCUCAUAAAACAGAAAGCUGAUGAUGAUUCUUGGAGCCAUAUAAUAGAGGCGCUUCUAUUUGGCAGCGGAACCUCAUCUGGUGCUAUGGAUUGGCUUCUUGAAGAGCUUUUAAAGGAUAAGAUGGAACUGUGGCUUUCUUGCAGAUCCCAGGAAAAAGAUGAAGAGACAGGCUGUUCUUUGUCCAAGAAAGAACAGGGUAUUAUUCAUAUGGUUGCUGGGUUGGGCUUUGAAUGGGCCUUGAACCCUAUUCUCAGUUGUGGAGUGAAUAUAAAUUUCCGUGACAUCAAUGGGUGGACUGCUCUUCAUUGGGCUGCACGUUUUGGAAGGGAAAAAAUGGUUGCUUCACUUAUAGCUUCUGGAGCAUCUGCUGGGGCUGUGACAGAUCCUAGUGCACAUGAUCCAAUUGGUAAAACGGCUGCAUCUAUUGCAGCCAGCAGUGGGCACAAGGGACUGGCAGGGUAUCUUUCAGAGGUAGCAGUAACAAGCCAUCUGUCAUCUCUUACAUUGGAAGAGAGUGAGCUAUCUAAAAGUUCUGCUGAGCUUCAAGCGGAUAUUACGGUUAGUAGUGUCUCCAAGGAAAAUCUCACUGCCAGUGAGGAUCAGACUUCGCUCAAAGAUACCUUGGCUGCUAUUAGAAAUAUAACUCAGGCAGCUGCACGGAUACAAGCUGCUUUCCGCUCUCAUUCAUUUAGAAAACAAAGAGCGAGAGAAGCAGUUGCUGGUAUAGAUAGAUAUGGUAUGAGUGCAGGUGGUACUGGUAACAUUCCAGAGCUUUCUGCUAUGUCAAAACUUGUCUUUCGGAAUGCACGUGAUUAUAAUUCAGCUGCCUUAUCAAUUCAGAAGAAAUAUCGAGGAUGGAAAGGUCGCAAAGAUUUCUUAGCAUUGCGCCAAAAAGUAGUGAAGAUACAGGCUCAUGUGAGGGGUUACCAGGUUAGGAAGCACUACAAGGUAAUAUGGGCAGUUGGAAUUUUGGACAAGGUUGUGCUACGAUGGAGAAGAAAAGGAACUGGUUUACGAGGUUUCAGACAAGAGAUGGACAUUAAUGAAAAUGAAGAUGAAGACAUUCUUAAGGUGUUCCGAAAACAGAAAGUGGAUGUAGAAAUUGAAGAGGCUGUUUCACGGGUGCUGUCCAUGGUUGACUCCCCGGAUGCUCGUGAGCAAUAUCAUCGCAUGCUUGAGAAAUAUCGUCAAGCUAAGGCUGAACGUGCGGGUACGAGUGAAGAAGCAUCAUCAACUUCUAUAGGAGGCGCUUUGAAUAUGGAAGAUGAUUUUUAUCAAUUUCCAUAAGAGCAACGCUAGCCUUGCUAAUCUUCGUUCUUUGAAUGGUCAAUUUCUGGCGUCACCAAUUAGCUGACUUAUUAGUUCGUAUACAGUGUAGAUUAGUAUAAUGGCGAUGAGCUUUUUUACUUGUAAAAUAUGAAAUGGUCUUGGAUGCAAGUAGGGUGCGGUUUUCAAUUUAAUUGGCUUAGAUAUAGGAUCAUUGGAAGAUAUGUUGUAAACAUAUGCAUCAUUGUCGGCUUAUGUAGUUUUUUUUUUUAUGAUUGUAUUAGAAACUGCUCUUAUUGUUGUUAAAGCAUCAUAGUUGCUAAUCCACAAGCAAUGCUCAAGCCCAAGGGUGUCCGAACACACAAAGGGUCCCAA